UCGCACCGUUCGCAUUCCACAUCUUUUUUGUUUUGUUUUUUUUUUUCGGAUCGUUUUCGUUUUCCACUGUUUUUCAGAACGCCCUCCUGACCAGGACGCGAGUCGUGCAGAUUUCGUCGUGAUCUUUUUUGAGCAAUGGCGACAAACGCGCCAAACUGCUUCUGAAUAUUUUGCGAGUUAGGCGUUUUUCUUGGAAAACAAUUGUGGGAAUCAACGUGGUGUUACAUUGCAAAAAACAACGCAAAAGUUCGGCCGAUUGCAGCGAAGAAGCAGAAGAUGGAGCGCUACCACCGGCAAACUCCGCUCAAAGUGCUCAAGUCCAUGUGGCUGGCGAUUCGGGAGUCACCUGGACAGGAAAUCGAGCACACCCGGCUGGUGAAGCAGUUACAGAAGAUAUUCACAGCGGCGGGAGAUCAAAUCGAAUCCUAUGUGACCAAUGCCGUUGUGGACAACUUAAUCCAGGUGGUGGACAACCCGAAGCGUCCGAAACCCAAAUCGGUGUACCAUUACACCUUGCCGGAUAUAACGGAUUUUCGAUUCCCGGAUGAACAUCCGGAUGUAUACUGCUACGAGUGCCAUUUGGAGGGUAACGUCCGGAAGUGCAACGACUGCCACCGGGUGUUCCACAGGGAAUGUGUCAAAACGUUGGCCCAAAAACACGCCAAAAUGGAGGAAUUCGUGACCAAGUACAAGCGUGUGAUCAUUUCCGAUUUUGGUCUUCUAGGACCUGCGACACAUCCAUUAGCAAACAAUGUGGCGACGCCUCCGGUUGAUGCCAACGAGAAUCACACGUUGUCGUCGGACGACGUCCCACUUGCUAAAAUCAAAGCCGAGUUGGACAUUAAACAGGAAGAGGACUGCAAACCGGAUCUGGCAUCUACGUCUUUGACGUCGGAUGAACCGCAGUUCGUCGGAGUGGUACGGCAGGCCGAUCGGCGCUUGGGAGAGCGUUUGAACACUCCGACAAUUAAGCCGGAGGACAAUGGAGGAGGAAGCGGUGGCAAUAUAAUGGAUAGUGAAGACUUUAUCCAAAACUACUGUUAUCCGUGCCGGCAGAUGCGAGGCAAUUUAUACAACACGCCACCGAGCAUGAGCAGAGGAGAGCUCAACUAUUUGCUGCAGUUUGUAUACGAGGAGUACAAAUCAUGGCUUCCACAUGAUACCUACGCGCCUACACGGCUCUUUAAUAAUCGUCCUCGCAUUUCUGAAGUGGUGGACAACAUGGACUUGUGCAAAAAACUUCUGCUGCGCCGGCCCAUUUCCAUGGACACAAUCCAUCAGAAGAUCGAAGACUGCAAAUACGAACGGCUGGAGGAGUUUUGUGCGGACAUUUUGGAUAUAGCCCAUAAUAUCGGGGUCAUUCACGGGGCCACCUCACUCGAGUACAACGCUGUGAUGUACUUUGUCACAGACUGCGUCUACGAUUUGUUCGAGAUCCGUCAGUGUCCGGAUUGCUUCAGGCACUCCAACGAAAAAGCCGAACCGGAUUGGUUCGCCAGACCAUGCAACACACGUCAUGAACUGGUGUUCGCCAAACACAAGGGAUAUCAGUAUUGGCCGGCGAAGGUCAUCCGGGUGGUGAACAACAAGUACGAUGUUCGCUUCUUCGGCGAUAAACAUUCCCGAGCCGUUGUCGACACAGCGUUUGUCAAAUCCAUCGACACGGACCUGGUGACGCUGAAAAUCAAUCCCAAAAAGCCCGGUUUCCAGAAAUCGAUGGAAGAGCUGCAUAAGCACCUGGCGUUGGGAUCCCUUCCUAAGGACCACUAUGCGUACGGAAAUCAACCGGCUGGACCGAUCGACGUGAUGCUCCGGAAUGCCGGUAUCGGGCCAAUUAUUUUCACGAGUACUCCGAUUCCGGUGCCGGGCCAGAAAAAACGUGGCCGAAAGAGCAAGAGGAUAGUGGAUUUAGCUAGCGAUGAUACCAGUUCGGCGUCUGAAUCGUUUGACCAAUUGUCGCUGCAAAGCUCCAG